AUAAUGUGCAAUGUCUGCGAAGUUCCAGUUUAUGUUCUCCUAAACAUAGUACUUAGGAAAGAAAUAAUAUAGUUUCUGUGUACUGAUGGUACUGCGUUAAUUCAAACUGCCACUCUUUGAAACAGUCCAAUUUAGGACUAUUGUCGGUCCUUUUGACGUUGUCAAAGAUAUGUCCAAUCUUACUAUCUGAGGGGCGAAUCCAUUAUUUAACAUGGCAUCCUGUCCGAGUGAUAUGUGACUACAGUGUGAUAGUAGUGAUGAAAGUUUUUGUAGAGUGCCGUCUGACAAUCGGUGCUCAGAACUUACAGCAGCAAAGUGAAAUAUUGAUGAACUCCAGCUCUGAACCAAUAAAGUGUACAAUGCAUGUACCUGCAUACAUUAAGAGACGGUCGGGACGACCGUUUAGUGUUAAAUCACAGUUUUUUCGGGAAUUUAGAACAGAAACAUAUCAAGGAAAACCAUCAAAGCUUUAUUCACCGUGCACUGGUUAUCCUCGUCAUUUGGUCCUGUUUCUGAUGAGAUCUUCCAGUCACUCUAUCUAGUAAAGCUUUCUAUGACUGAUGCUAUAUUGUCCCAUGAUUUGGUCUGUUUGGUGCAUUCUGUCUGCUGAUAAAUGGUGGCGGUCAGUGCACGCGUUCUGGACAAUUCAGUGAGUAUUUGUCGCCAAUGGCUUCUGGGAAAAGUACUGGAAGUAUUGGCAGUGCAUCGUCAUCUUCAACUCCACAGCGUUCUCGACCUACAAAACGUCAGCAUUCAGUGGUGCUAAACGGUGUUGGUGGCUCAUUUGAGGAUAAAAGUAGUGAUUAUUUGUGUCCAGUCUGCUUCGAGCUGAUUGAGGAGGCGCAUAUCACAAGGUGUGGACACACCUUCUGCUACAGGUGCAUAUCAAAGUCAGUUGAAUCCUGUGGACGGUGCCCAAAAUGUGGGUUUUCUCUUAGCAGUCGUGAACAAGUGUUCCCGAACUUUUUGUUGAAUGAGCUGGUCUCAAAAUACAAAUCAAAAGUCAUGGGAACAUCAGAGGCUGGUUUAACACGUGACGCCUCAGGUGAAAGCCUUCUAGGUCCUGAUGGGUUACGUGACUUUGUUGCUACAGAGUCACUGAACCUAACACUGCCAGAUGUAAAUGUUAUUUUGGAAGUGCUGACACAGAGAAAACAUUUAUUAGAAGCUGAAUCAUGUGCAGCUCAAAACAAGCUUUUAUAUGAAUUUCUCACACAUUUACUGCAGCAGAAGGAAGAGCAGUUAAGUCAGCUUACACGGGAAGUUGCUCUUAUUAAGCGGGAUAUAGGAGAAGUUGAGAACAUCUUAAAAGAAGUCCACACCAAAUGCCCCAAGUUGGAGAAAGAACCAUCAACUUCAGGCAGCACAUUGGGUCUGAAAAAGGAAUUGUCGUCUGAAGGCCCAGGGAAACUUAGCAAAGAAGAAAGCAUGAGUGAAGCAAUGGGUCCUGAUGGAUUUACUGGCAGCCAGAAGAACUUGGACAGCUCUGCAACAAGUCUGGCACUGCGCCGGAAACGUAUGCAUGCCCAUUUUGAUGAUUUUGUUCAGUGCUAUUUCAAUUCAAGAGCCAAAGAACUUAUGUUUGGUGGCAGUAUGGACAAAUCAUUUGGAGGCAGUAUGGACAAAUCAUUUGGAGGCAGUAUGGACAAGUCAUUUGGUGGUAGCAUUGAUAGAACAGCAAUGCCAUCAUCAGAAAGCCAAGGUCUGAAUGCAUUUAGAGAAAAUUUAGUGAAAUUUUCCCGGUAUAAUUCUUUACGGCCACUUGCAACCCUAAAUUAUUCAAGCGAUAUCUUUAAUAACUCCACAAUUGUGUCUAGUAUUGAAUUUGAUAAGGACAAUGAGUUUUUUGCCAUUGCUGGAGUCACAAAAAGAAUAAAAGUAUUUGAUUAUGGAGCUGUCAUAAGAGACACAGUGGAUAUUCACUAUCCAUGUGUUGAAAUGGUAUCAAAUUCAAAAAUAUCAUGUGUAAGCUGGAAUUCAUACCACAAAAGCACUCUAGCGAGUAGUGAUUAUGAAGGAACAGUUACUGUGUGGGAUGCUGUCAGUGGGCAGCGUGUUAAAACUUUCCAAGAGCAUGAGAAAAGAUGUUGGAGUGUAGACUUCAAUGAUGUCGAUACCCGACUUAUAGCAUCAGGAUCAGAUGAUGCAAGAGUAAAGCUGUGGUCACUAAACAUUGACCGAUCAGUAGCUUCCCUUGAAGCAAAAGCUAAUGUUUGCUGUGUUAAGUUCAACCCUCGCAGCUCCUGCCAUUUAGCAUUUGGAUCUGCUGACCAUUGUGUACAUUAUUACGAUCUCCGCAAUAUGAAGGAGCCGUUAUCAGUUUUUAAAGGUCAUCGCAAAGCUGUGUCAUAUGUUAAAUUUCUCAACAAGGAAGAGAUUGUAUCUGCAUCAACAGACAGUCAGUUGAAGAUGUGGAAUAUUAAUAAUCCACAUUGUCUGCGGUCAUUUGUUGGUCAUAUUAAUGAAAAGAAUUUUGUAGGUCUAGCAACCGAUGGAGAUUAUGUAGCUUGUGGUUCUGAAAAUAACGCCUUGUAUGUUUAUUACAAAGGACUUACCAAACAGUUGUUCAGUUUUAAGUUUGAUGCUGUUAAGAGUGUUUUGGAGAAGGAUAGAAAAGAAGACGAUGUUAAUGAGUUUGUAUCUGCUGUUUGUUGGAGGCAGCAUUCAAAUAUUGUUGUUGCUGCAAACAGUCAAGGUAUCAUAAAAAUUUUGGAGCUAGUGUGAGGUGUACACAACUUUUAGUUCCUGAGGGUUUAUUAUGUUGUACCUCAUCCUUUCCAGGGGCAAGUGUUUUUGGUGCUUCCAUUAUUGGAUAAAUUAACAUAGUCACAUUUUGGAGGAUCACUGUAAAAUCCAGCGAUUUGAUAUAAUUUUGCUAGUCAGCAUAAAACGAAGUAAGGAACCAGUGUACUUACAAACUUUUUAGGAUGGGUGCAACUGUAAACCCGUACUCUGUGUACUACCCACACAUAUUGCUCAAUUUUGAUGUACUUUGCGUAACUUGCCUCAUGUUAAUUAAUGCAUUAGUGUUUCGGCUGAAACCGGUAAUUUCGUACAUGUAGAUAUUUGCAAGAGGUUGGAGACUUUUUGAUUGUGUAGUUUUCACACUCUGUAUUCGUUACCAAGCGUUCACUAAUAAUAUUUUGGAUGUAAUCCAUCAAACGUAUUGUUUGGUGUAUAUGAACUUAAAUAUAGACUUUGAAAUGUGUUCUAUGUGUUGUAGUGUGUAUUUAUUUCUUUGUGCAUUUUGAGUUGUAGAAAUAUAUUUAUUUUAUUACACAUUUGUUGUCAAUAAUUCCUCUACCUGAUACAAAGAACUUUUGUGUUUUGCAUGGUUUAUUUUGUGUGUUACCUUAAAGUGUCUUGCAAAGUCUGAUGCUUGCCCCCCCCCCCCCUCCCUGCCCCCUCCCCACCCCUCCCCUCUCUCUCUCUCUCUCUCUCUCUCUCUCUCUCUCUCUCUCUCUCUCUCUCUCUCUCAGCAUUAUCAUGAUUAAUGGAAUGUUUAUUUUGCAGAUUUAUCACAGUUUCAAAAGUUAUGCAAAAGAUGUAGUGCUAUGUAUGUAUUUCUGAAUAUCUAGAUUUUUCUGCAUUAAAAUAUAUGUCAUUGUUUGAGAUAAAUACCAUUGGUUUUUAUAGAUAAGUGAUAAGGUGACUUGAUGAGUUUUCAUUUAUAAUUACUUCAUGUUGUAAUCUCUCUCUCUCUCUCUCUCUCUCUCUCUCUCACACACACACACACACACACACACACACAACAAAAUAAUUGUUACACCAUACUAUUUCAGUCAUAGAAUUUGUGCCAUGAUUGCUGUACUUCUGCCAUGUUGUUUUUUAAAGUAAUUCGGCAGAAAUAAAUGAAAUGGUUGUGCACAACAUUCUUAAUUCUUAUCUUAGUACAUUUUUGUACUCUUCCAAAAUGGUAAGAUUUUAUCAUCCUGUGUAUGUGGAAUAAGGAAGCUUAUCUGUAAUACACAAAUAUUUGUUUCAAACUUUCGGCUUCUAGAUGUUUAUUGUAUACAGUAUUUUGCUUGAAAUAAAGUAAUUGCAUCUAGCUCUCCCCAACAUCGGUUCACACUGUUAAAACAAUUAUCUUUAUGUGUUUGCUGAGAUUGUAAUUUAGAAGUUAAGGUGUACACCAUUACUUUCUGUGUCUAAUCUGGAUAAUAUACAUGAGUUUAUUUAAUCCUAUGUAUUUAUUUAAACUUUUGGGUUAAGGUCCUCCAUUUUCUUUAGUGUUUUCCAAAGUUACUCUUCCAGCUGAACAGUUGCCUCAUCUUAAGAGUAACAGACAAUAUGACACAAGUGAAUACUGUGACCUAGCUCAUCUCUAAGGGACCACUCUUUCACGACUUUCCACUCUGUAUAAUGCAUUCGGACUUGAUGAUUCGCCCAUAUUUACUUCAAAAUAAAUGCAUCAUUUAACUUACCAUGCUUCGGUAUUGUGUGAUCUUAAGUCUGUGAUAUGUCUUAGUCCACCCAGGAAUUCCCAUUUUUGUAUUGAUUUAGUAGCUUUCCAAUCUUAUCUAUCUUUUUUAGUAGACCAUCAGUUUAACUAUUUCUCACUCAGUAAGCGUGAAUACCACACAUCAUACAAAUACAGAAAAUUGAGAGAAAAUGAAUGUAUUCAUUUCUGUUUGCUGGGGAAUCAGAAACAGAUCAAAGAGAGACACUAUUUCCACCACACAGUUACACAUGGUAUGUCAUAAUAUCUGGCUCCAACACAUUUUUAAACAUUGUCAUCAUACCUUUGGAUAUUAUCUUUAAAUUUCUAAUUAAUGGCAUAUUUAUUCAUAACUGUUGAAAAAUUUUAAAACAUAGUCAUAAAUAGUGUGACAUUCUCAGUUGCUCAUAUAGAUGAAAACAUUUCUGAAAUUUUUGUCGUACAGUGGUUAAUUCACCGGACUCACAUCUUGGAAGAUCAGGUUUCAAAUCAUUGUCCACCCAUACUGAGUUAGGUUGCCCUCGGUGUCUCUCUGACUCUAUUAUGGUGCAUGCUGGAGUGAUUCCUUGGGAAACAACAACAUUUUUUCUUCUCUAUGCGUGUCUUACCGAGGCUUGCAAUCCUGUCUUUAUGGCCUCUUCAUCAGUGAGAUCUGAAAUAUUGAUUUUUCCUCUGCACCCUCCCCACUUCCAUUCUGUAUGUAUUUACAUUUAUUUUGGCUCUUUUUAUGUGCAUUUUGAUCUCUAGCUAAUAUUAACAUCUUCAGUGUCUUAAUUGAAAGCCAUUUUCAGGUUUACAAGCUUUUGUAUAGAUCAUACAUAACACUUUGUGUAUGAGAUGUGGCUAUAAAACAAAAGGUCUAUUGCUAUAAAACAUUUUAUUCCAAAAACAUAAAUAUUUAGUUAUUGCCAUCCUCUCAUACUCCAACCCUCUAUCCCUACAAUGCUCUGUGUGAAUUUUCCAUUAAUGGAAACAGUAUUGGAGGCCUUCCUCUCUGAAUAUUUUGAUGUAGCAUACUACUUUCUCUUGCUUCAGCAGACUGAAAUCAUAUUCCUUUAAUGCAGAUUUGGCCCUGGGUAAUAGAGAAGUUGCAUAGUGCUAGGUCAGCUGAAUAAGGUUGGUGGUCUGACACUGCGAUGCUUUACUUCACUAGAAAUCUCUUAACAGAAAAUGCACUAUGAGCCAGUAUGUUCUCUUGAUGCAGAACCCAUGAUGUAUUAUUCGGGUCAUAUUUUCUCACAGAGUUGUGAACAAGAAACUGAAAUAAAUAGUUUGACCUUCAGGAACCCAGUGAAGAUACACAAUUCCAUGAGUAUUGAAAAAAAAACAACCAUCAUUGCUUUGAAUCUUGAUUUGCUCAUUUGAGCUGUUUCUGCUUUUUGUGAAGUUUGGCCCUUCCAAUGCAUGGAUUUGCACUUUGUUUUUGGAUUAUAAGUGAAAAACAAAGGUUUGUCACAUGUUAUUGCUAUGUCCAAGAAAUUAGGGUCAUUUUCAGUGGUAUUCAAAGUGCUAGUUUAAACUUUUUCACAAGCUUCUUUUUGUUUGAUUGUGAGAAUUUUUGACACAAGUUUAGCACUCAUUUUUCUCAUGUAAAAUUGGUAUUGGUUAUGUAAAAUUUGCAUUGCACAUUCUUUGUCAUUCCUGCAGUUUCAGCAAUUGAUCAAAUAGUCAGAUCAAAUCAGAUUACCUACUUUUUUGAUAUUUUCAUCUGUUUUGAUGUUGAAGGGUGUCCCAAGUGUGAGUCAUCUUCAAUGUCUUGUUGGUCAUCUUGGAAAUGCUUGAACCACUCAAACCACUCUUCACCAUACACUUCUUUUGGUAAAAGGUAGGUUUCAGUGGCAGUUUCUCAAAGCUUCACCUGAAACUUCAUGACAGUUCAUUGCUCUGUUAUUAUGCUUACCAUUUUUUUGGCAGAACAGAAUAACAGCUCUUACACAAACCGGCCACCUUGAGGACGACUGAAAGGUUGUCGGCUGAGAUGACAGAACAAGAAUUAACAAAAUCCCUGAUGCACACCCAACAAGUGAUAGAAUAUUGUAUCCUGUGGAAAACUUCAAGAAAUAAACAUUGUACUUUUUAGCAAUUUAAGUGGUUUAAUUUUUUUAUGGAAUAAAAAUGUUUCAAUACUGUAGUUGGAAUAGCAUGAUUAAUUUGAAUGUAUGCAGAAGCAUAUAAAUUUUUGGUAAAAUCUUUCAGUUACAGAGAGGCAAAUUCAAUCAUUAGAUUCCAUACAAAUGAAGUUGAUUCAGUUGGGCUACAACUCGUGUCUCACUGAAAAGUUGUCCUUUCUGUGUACAUUUCAUUUACAUCUCUUCUUCGUCACAAUGAAUAAUAAUACAGUAUGAACUGAAUUAUGUAUUUCUGUUAAAUGGCAAAUCUGCAGCUGGGAGAGUGCAAGACUGUGAUUGACUUCACAAUGAAAUUAAAGUGCGAAUUGUGUAAGUGGGGAGAAAAAUGAAAGUAAAAAUCUUACUGCUUAUAAAUGUAGCUCAGCACUCCGUACACACUGGAAAAGAGAAGGAAUGAGAAGUUAUGUAGGGACCAGUAUCCGUAAAGAGAAUGCUAAGUGUACAACAAAAGGAAGAGCUUUCAGUCCCUAGAAAAGGAAGACACACAACCUAGAACCAAGUGGGAUUAAAUAGCCUGCGAGUAAAUGGAAACAAAAUGUGGAACACGGCAAACUAUAUUUGAAAAGCUAAAACAGUUUCAGUUAAAAAUUAAGAAUUAAAGGGCACUGUUAUUAAAGGUACAAAUGGGCAGAAAUUGCAUAAGAAAGAAUAGAAAGUGUGCAGAUGAAGACUGGAAAUAAACUUAAAAAUAUACAAAGAGAAGAUAGAAAAAUGAAAAAGCAAAUUUGUUGGAAAUUUGAGUAGUGCUUAGGGUAAGAUCAGACGUUUAAAAUAAGUUCACAAGCAGAGUUCAGGGUCACAUCAUGUGGCAAAGUGAUCUAAAUCUAUUCUGUAAUCGGACAGUGUAUGUCUUUUAUGUAAGUUUACUGCUUUGACUUUUUCAGCCUACUAAUGGUAUUAUUCUUCUUUAAAUGAAAAGUUAAACAGUUUUUACAAAAUGAAGUUUUAUGUAAAAUGCAUAGUUCCACAGCUGGCACACAGUGCCAUCAACAUUUAUUCUACAAGAAACCACACUUUAAUGCUAAAAAUCGCAUUUUUCUUUACAGCGUUUUGUUAUAGUACUUGAAAUGAGAAUCAGUUUUGUGGAAGUUAGACGUAUCUAAGUUGAAUCUAAACACUCUGCAUUUUUAAAUCUAUGAGAUUGGGUUAGCUUGAAUUGCGUAAAAAUCAAUAAAAACAUUUUUGUUCGCAUAAUGGGCUAACCUUUUUUUUUUUUAAAUGCUGCUCUAGGUCCUACGUACUCUGUGAUGGCUUUCAUAAUGUAAUUCAAGAUUAUCUAAGAUUGAAGUCUCUAUUUUCCACUUACAUAUUCCUCAUCAUGUAAAAUCUUGCUGUCUGAUGGUCUCUUUGCAUAGGUUCCUUUCAGUGAAUAGGAAAAGUUUCCCAGUGCGGGAUCGUGACGAAGUGAAUGAACUUUGUAAAUACAUGUAUUUGAAUGAAAAUAGGCUUCUGUUUUUUGUUUCAUAAUUAUUUGUAAGGUGCAUUUUUAUGAGAAAUUUGUGCAGUUUUUCUGCCGUGCCAUUGUACAUUAGCAACUGCAUUCCUUAAAAUGACAUUUGAUUUCAAUAUUUUGUUAUUUAUUUCUAGUACUAUGAAGACCAAAUGAUGCAAGGUUAACUAUAGACACUGCUUAAAAAAGUAUUCCUUGAGAUAUCCAGUGUAACCAUUUCCUGAACAUUUGCCUUGUAAAAUUUGCUGAACAUUUGCCAGUGCACUGAUUGUCCACUGAUCCCUAUUGCAGAUUUGACUCAGUUUGUCCUAAUGUUUCCCAUCUCGCGGUAACAUUCAUUUGACAUAAUUUUCUAUUUGCAUGGAAUAAUUAAAAACUUUUAUUUGUUAUGAAACUUGCUGGAGAGCUCGUUACCAACCUUCAUCUGUUGCAUUCCUGUCCAACUAUCCAGAUCUGUUUUCUGUAGUUUCCUCCAAUUACUUAGAGUAAAUCAAUGAUGGUCCCUUUGAAAGAGAUCUGCCAUGCAUUUCUCUUCAGAAUAACCCUGUUGCCAGCUGCAGUGCCACUAUGUAGUGGGAAAGUUUGGCAGUGAAUACCGUAUAUCACUAUCAAUUAAAAUGCUUUUAUGAAAUAAAACUAAAAUAACUGAUUCAAGUAAGAGUUUUAAAUAAUACAGAUAAUGAAAUCAAUAAUGAUAUAGUUUGUAAUGUUAUUUUGCAUUGCAGUGCGGUUAAAAUUUCAAUAACAGUUAUCCGAAAACUAUAUUUAUUUAGUUUCCUUUGGUAUGUUUCAUUCAUUGCCCAUUACUUUGUGGGCAAGAUGAGUGGUGACUGCUUUUUCUUCAAAAGCAGAACUAAACUAUUUUUGAAAAAAGAAUACUGUGCAAUACCAUUCCACAUUCUUGUGCCAUGCAUUUGUAUAACAACACUCGAGUUAUGUUUUCUGAUCCAUUUAAUUAACAUACUUAUUUAUUGAAUAAGGAAACCUUUCUUUGAGUCAUAAAAACUAUUUCUAUAAUUUAAAAUAAAUAUGUAGUUACUUUGUGGUCAUGUUGUAAUGGCAAUUACUAUAAAAUCAGUGAUCACAAUGCAGUUACUUUUGUACAUUUGUGUGUAAACUGUGAUAAGUAACAUUGAGGUGCAUAUAUUAGUCCAUGUUGAUAGCAAUAUGAAAAUGACCAGAGCUCCCAAGUGUUGAAAAAGGUACGAUAAGACAGCUUUCACUGUAGAAAGGAAAAUGUUUGCCACACUGACUUUUGUUUUGAAAAUACCCAGUAAUUUGGCAAUUGGCAAAAUUCUACUGUUCCAUUACAUCUCUCUUUACAUGAAAAAUAUUAUCAGAGUGAGUGUGAUCCAAAUUUAAUCCAUAUGCGUGUUGCUUUUUUGCUGAUGUCCUUGACCUACCUAUUUACAAAAGAAAUUGAGUGUCUUAGAUGCAGUAAUCCACAACAUAACAGACAAUUUUUACUAGUUUUAAUGUGUACUAUGUGACUAUUGGGUGGUUUUAUCACUUCGUAAGUACAGAAUGUACAACUUCAAGGUUCAGUGGUGCUCUGCAAAAAGAGGAAAAUAUAAGCAAUUGAGACAGUUUUCAACCAUAGAUGCUGGUGCUACUUUGGACUUUGUAAUGUAUCUCUUGAACUUGCAUCAUGAGGAAACUAAACAGUAGUGGGGCAACUAAAAUUUCUGUGAUUAACUUCACUCCAAUUCCGAAGGGACUUCCAGAAUUGAUUUUUAUACUAAUUUUAUCUGAUCAAGUCUUUCCUUCUCAUCCCAUCCGGUAAGUCUCACCUGACACGUAGUUCUGGAUAGCUUUCACGAAAUCUACCCCUUUUCUUAGAGCUCUCCAGUCGUUUUCCUUCACACCUCUUCCUUCCCCUUCAACCCUUCUGCAUGAAGGAGGGGCCACUGACUCCAAAAGCUCACCUAGUUAUAAUCUUUGAUGUGUUCUGCAACUGUUUCGUGAGUACUUUUUUUUUUAUCGCUCCAGUUACCUUACAUGAUCUAGUUCUCUGUGACAGAUGUGAAUGUACCACUUAUAUCAGAUGGAAAUCUCUAACAAACUUAAGUCACAUGGAUGCAGGAAACCUACAUACAACAGAGGAAAGAGAAAAGGAAGAGAGGGGGGGGGGGGGGGGAGACAAUGAAAUGUUACCUUUUGAGACUUUGUCAUCUACCUUAGCCUGUUAGAAGCCAUAUUUAAGGUGAAGUCAUUUGAUUGGCAGUGAAUUUUUUUGCUGUAAGUGUCUUUCAUGAUUUUAUUUCCCUUUGAUGGGAGGAAUAUUAAGGCAUCGGACUGUGCCCAGAUACAUAAAGUAGUGCCCACAUAGAUUCCUCAGUUUUAAACUUUCAUUUGUUGUAGGAGCAAGGGCACAGUUACCCAUGUAACACUAUAGUUGUUGUCAUUGAAUUUAAGCAGUGGAAAAAUAUGGUACAGGAAGUAAUCAGUUAUAAAAUUGGUUAUGUAUGUAGUUUAAAGACAUUCAAUAGGAUAUGUAUUUCUUCCAUUUCUCCAUUUAGAUGACUUGACAAUAAAAAUUAUUUCAUAAUAUGUGCUCAUGUAGAGGCCAGUUGGUGGUGGAGAGUACACAAACUUUUUUUUAAUGAUUUGCUGGACUCCUUACAAUUAAAAUGCAUGAACAGAUACUGUUUUCGCUCUUGCUAGUCAACUGUCAACAUCGAGAGAAUGCUCAGUUCAUUUAUGCUACAUUGUGAACCAUCCUUGAGAUCUCCACAUCUAGACUUCGAGCAGGUCAGUCAAAUAAAUGGAGUACAUAUGGCAUUUUAAGAAAUGGAUGAGGACUGUUAUGUUAGUUAAAAGACUGUUCUUUCCAGUAAAACCAUGUUCCUAGUUAACCUCCAGUGCCACACUCAUCCUUUUCCAAAAUCCAACAGGCAAUGAGUUGCUGAAGUCUUACCUGCCCUCUUUUUCCUGACCAUUCUCAAAAUAGAGAAUUAAAUGAUUUUAAUCAUUUAUGUUUUUCCUUCGGAGAAAUGACAGUUUAGGCAUUUAAAAAUGUUUUUUGAUGCUAGUAAUGUAUGAUCACUUAACAGUCUCAUCAACUACACUUAGAUUGCUCUCAAUUUUCAUUAAGUUUCAGUGGGUAAAAUGUUCUGUUAAGGCAACAAUUUGUAUCAAAAUGUGUGUACAGGAAGAAGAAAGCAAUGCACUUUGACUAACUUUUACAUGCAUUGUUUGUUAGUGCACCAUUAAUUGUAAGUUAGUCCUUGUUUUGCAGGGUCCUAUGUAUCUUACAAGAUUCCUUAGAAUCCUUCAGUGUUCAAUUCAGCUGCAUAUAGUAAAGUAUCUAUAAGCUACAUUGUUCCUACAUCAAAUCUACUGGCAGUGUAUCAUUAAAAAUUACAUUUAAAACUGAUUGGCAUUGAUGCAGUACAUACACUUUCUGGUUUGAAAAAGAGAGGCCUGCUGACUGGCUGGAAUAUGGUUUCAUCUAGUCAACAACUAGUUUCCAUAGUGUUAGCAAGUAAUAGUCAGUGUAUUACCACAACAUGUAAUCUAGUCAUAUUUGUGUGUUAGGGGCAACUAUGACUAUCACUUAUUACAUGUUUUAUUAGCAUUUGAGCAUAAGAUGAUGAUAAUAUUGAAGCAAGUUGUGGAAUAUAGUCUUAUUGCAGCUUCUCAGAGGAUUGUUUUCUUUUAAUGAACUUAACAACUGUGAAGCACCACUUUGAAUGAAAUAAUCUUAUGUUGCUUUAUGUCAUAAGUUAUGGUUAAAAAAUUCAGGAAUGGAGUAAGCGAUAACUGGAGGAAUGACCAAGAAGUAAUCACCAUGCACUUGAAGACAUUGGUGUCAAAUAACACACACCUGUCAUGCUAAAGAACUAAUAUCAGACAGGCAACUGCAAAACAAAUUGAUUUUACUGUAUUUAAUCUUAAGAUAGAAGUUGUUACAGAAUUUUGUUGGCCUGUGUGAUUAAAAAUAAUAAUAAUACCUUGAUUACUAUGUGUGAGAACUGAUAGUGUAAUUGUUAGGGUGUCAAAACUUGAGCUGAUAAUAAUUGACAUACUGUUUCUGUUUUAAUCAAUAACACGCAGUAAUUUUUUUAAAAAGUAUUUAUUCCUUGGUAAUUUUUGCAAAGGUGUUUGAUCCAUUUGGUACUGCUGAGUAUAUGACGAAUCUUCUUUUACACUGACACAAGCAUGUGUCUUGCAAAUGCAACAGUGGAAAUUAUAGAUAGGAAUAUCAGUAGUGUAGGAAAAGAUAGAUUUGCUACUUAACAUAAAGAUGACACAUUAAGUUGCAGACAGGCACAAUUAAAAGUACACUUACACAAUGUUUUUGGCCACAGCCUUUAUCAGAAACACGCACCGAGCUGCCAAAAUUGGCAGUUGUGUGUGCUUGAGAUGUGCUUACUUACAUGAAUAAAUUAUGUAUGUUUCUCUUUUUCUCAUAAAGGCUGUGCCCGAAAGCUUUGAGUAAAUGUCUUUUAGUUGUGCCUGUCUGCAAUUUAACAUGUCACCUUUAUCUUUUCCUACAUUGUUGGUGUGUCUUACAAAUUAGAAUGAAUAGUAAAUAGAACAGAAAGGUGUAAUUAAGGGCACAUGUACUUUAAAAUUCCAGAUUUCAAAAACUAAAUUAAGUUGCAGUUGGCUCGUUAAGCUUUAUAAUUCAGAACAUGUUACAGCUGGAAAUUAAGAAUAAGAGCUGUGAAAGUGAGAGUAUCAGGUAUUGUGAAGAGAAUGAGAAAUGUAUUCUCUUGAGGAUUUUGAUGCAGAUAUUUAAAUUGGAGACACAAAAUCAUUGGAAAAGUAUUAUACAUUGUGGAAGUUGACUUUCUUUCAUUUCCUUCUAUAAUACUGCUAACUAAAUAGUCUGCACUAACCACCACCAUCACCACCACCUCCUAAGUACUACACACACUCACUCACUCUCUCUCUCUCUCUCUCUCUCUCUCUCUCUGUGUGUGUGUGUGUGUGUGUGUGUGUGUGUGUGUGUGUGUGUGUGUGUGUGUGUGUGUGUGUUCUUAUUCGUAAUCAUUUGAUAGACUGCCUAUAAAACUGUUUUAAUUAACCUAUCGUAUUAGGACAAGUAUAUUUGUGGGAAGUAUCAUUGACGUAAAUGACUUAAAUAUAUUAUAAAACAGCCAAAAUUUUUUAUGUAUAUGUUUUUGGAAUGCUGUUUUAUAAGAAUAUUUUGUCCUUUGCAGGCAGUAGAAAAUGUAUUGAACGAAUACCUUUUUUUUGGGAGGGGGGGGGGGGGGGGUGAGGUGCCUCACCAUUUAUGAUGGGAAAAAAGAAUUAAUGUUUGUCAUCAGUUGCAUGAAUGGAAAGAUAAAAUGAAUUAUUUAAUUUUAAAUAUACAAAAACUUUUUUUUUUACAAAUGUAAAUUUCAUAUCUAUUUGCAGGGCUGCUGCAACUUCUUUUUAUGUAUGAGUAGAAGUUAUGAGAUAGUAUGGAGGUAUUUCACAUUUUAUGUUCUUAACUGUAAUUCCAUUAUAGCAUUAUGAGCAGUCAUCUAACUUUAUUAUUUCUUCUCUUAUAUUAACAUGUUAAUAGGUGUUAGCAUUAGUGUGGAUUGACGUAUAAAUGUGUUUUACAAAUGCUUAGUGUAGGAAAGGUUACUGAGAUUUUAAUGAUUAGGUAGUUUAGAUUAAAUGAAUGUUGGUAGCUGUAUUAAAGAAACAUUGACAUAGUGUUUAGGUUUCGUAAAACUAAACAUGUUAAUAUACAUGCAUUGCACUUUUUGUGCAUCCACUCUGUGCAGAUUGGUGCUUAAAUACCUAAUAUUGACAGUUUUCUGUCAUAAUAUAAGCUCCAUCCAUUCAAAAAAACUAUUGUGGGGCCUGUAGGUAGCAGUGCUCACAAAAAUACUGAUUUAAAAUAUUAAGAAGAAAUACUUAGGUAUGUUACAAAUGCUGUAAGAUAAAGGAAAAGAAUUGGGAAGGAUGUAAUACUGUUUGACGAGUUGCCUUAAUAGGUUGCUGCGAACAUUGAACUGCAUCAUUUGUAGCAGGAAUGCAACUGGUGCAGAUUUCCACUGUAUUUUGUAAAUUUAUUUUGAAAUAUAUCAAGUAAGACACUAGAGCUAACUGUGCUGAUUUAAUAUAGUAUUCAGGCAUUUUACAAGCAUUAUAUACAGUCAUUUUAGUGAGAGUUUGCCAUAAUUCUGUAUCAAGUAAGUAGAUAUUGGCUGUAUUUCUGGCAAAGUGGAAUGAGGAGCAGAUGCUCAUUUUUGCUGUUUCCCCAUCCGCAUGUUUGUUUCAGUUAGUCAUUGAAAAUUAUUCAGUAAGAUGUUUGUUCAUUCAAAACUCAUUUAGAUUUUUGCUUCUAUUAUUAUUGUGUAAGUAAACAUUCCAGUAAACUGAAUUUUACUGACUUCAGCAUUUUUACUAUGAAUAAAAGAAAUGGGUGGAUGUUUUCAGUGAUGUGGUUAUGUAUCAUGUAUAGUGAAUAGAAUUUACAUGUUAUGUAUAAUAAAUAUUUAUUGAAAUAAUGUUCAUAGAUUUAUUUAAUAAAAAAUUUAAAAGGGAUCAAGCUAUGUUGCCAAAAUAUUUAUUAAAUUUUAUGAAAUAUUUGAACAGAAUGAUGUGAGCACUUUAUAUCAAUAUAUUCUGUCAGAACCCUACCCUUGAUGUAAUGAUGUAUGUGCCAUACUAGAUCAUAAUUGCAGACAGCAUGGAAUACACUUCUCAGGUUGAGGCCAAAAAAUUUUGUGUGGGCCUUGCAUUGUUUUAAAAGCAAGUUAGUUAAAAACAGUGUUGUGACAUUCAGAGUUUAAAGCACUAUUUUUCAUCUGUACUGUGUUGUCAAUGUAUCAUCAUACAAAUAUGACAGUGUUUAAAAAUUCAGAAUGAACCAUUUUUGAUAAACAAAAGAUUUAUAUUUAAUUGUCUCUUUUGUCAAUUAUUAAAAUUUUCUUGUAAUUUAAUUAUCUGCAUAUUUAUUACUGUGCAGCAGAAUAAAUACCACAUAUCAUAAUUUUAUUUAAUAUUAAUAUAAUUACUGAGUCUAUGUUUUCAAAACAUCUUUGUGUGAACUGGAACAGAGGAGAUUUAGAGAAGCAGUCACAAAACAUUCUAGCAGGUGAUGUAUUGAUGGUGUAAAAAUGAAGCAAAAUGUAUGCUGCUUCAUAUGAUUUACCAGUUAUUUUCUUAUAACGCCAAUUUUCUGAAUUGCUUUUCAGUCUUAAGUAUUCUCACACAGAGUGAUCUCAAUUUUAUUAAUAUUGUUUUCUGUAUUUCUGAUCAAGCAUAUUGCUGUUCUUUUAAUGUUAAAUGCAGUGUGAACAAUUUUAGUCCACUGAAAAUACAUAUUGCUGUUCUUUUAAUGUUACAUGCAGUGUGAACAAUUUUAGUCCACUGAAAAUACAUAAUACAAAAUGCUACCUGUUCUUGAGAUAAAUUUGUGUAAUUUGACAGCCAGAUAAAUGAGACUGGGAGUAAUGUCUAAAAUUCGGGAGGUGGAUUAUUAUUCAACAAUCCACUGCAUGUUCUGGUUGCAACCAUUCCAGCAGCAAUAUAAGCUUCUAAUUUUUUGUCUUUUCUGCUCGUGUGGAAUAUGCAAUAAAAUUACAUUGUGUUU